AUGAGUUCAGUCUCAGUGGGCUUCAAGGAGUUUGACUGGACCCUAUCUCUCGCCCACCAUGGGGCCUACCUCAGCGUAGAUGAUAUUCUAGCCACAAGUGAGCGUGUCCCCUGUCGUCUCCGAGGCUCCAUUCCAAAACUGGCACCUCUGCUUCUGGGUUCGUGCUCUACACAACAAUCUCGUGGACGAAGGGUUGGCGAGGGCAUCUCUGAUGACUUGGACGAGGAUGACUCAGAUAUCAACGUCCCAGCUGGGACAAAGAUGGAUCUGCCUCUCUGGCUGGUCUUCAGCGUCGGAAGUAGCCGCCGUCAGCUUUUUGCACUGGAUUUACCAAUAAUUUAUCGAGUAUGUUGCACUGUUUAAUCUCACUUCGCCUCUAUGAAAGGUGCUCACCAUCAAACACCUGUGUUACCUAAGACGGUUAUACGCUUACGUGAGUGGCAUGGUGUGGUGAAGAAUGUCAGACCAGGCCACCAGUCUUCUUCAACUACGACUAGAGUCCGCGGCAUAGACCUUAAACCUAGACCAGAAAUUUUACCCAGUUGCAACUGUUAUCAAUCACUUCCGUCCUAGAAAUGUAUUGAAAUUCGGCUGGUCCGACUAGUUUGUGAGGAAACAGCUUGUCGAUUUGUACUGUUUAACUGUCAUUUGCAGUAUAUACUUAAUUCAUAGGACGAACACGUAUAUCCCUAAGUACACUUUAAAAUAGAAGGUGCUCCUCAUCUUGAGUUCUAAUACUCGUGGGCGUGAAAUGUAGUCCCGAAUUAAAUCAUACUCAGCAGCGUAUGUCACUCGUUUAAGACUCAUUCAUGCCGUUUGCUACUGUUUCAUUUGCAAAGUUGUUCACCGGUUUAGAUUCGUCCUGUUGCUGACGUUUCGAGGAGUUUGGCCGGCUUUCCAUUUUCCAAGCGCUUAAUGCCGAAAAACUGCCAAAAUUUUAAACGAAUGGCCGUUGUAAUCGGCCUUGGACUGAUCACUUAGUUUCUUUUUCGCUGUCUCAGUCUUUUGGUGGAUGUUUGUGAGGCUUGAAGUUGCGCGUCGUCAUCUCGACGAAGGACGCCUUCGGGUGAGUUCGUCGCCGGUCGUGUCUGCCCAGAUUUCUUAGAUUCGGUAUGACCAUCUUGUCCUGGUCUUGGUGUAUGUGAUGACGCGGGACUUUAUAAACCACACAAAGGUUCAGGCACUUGUCGGUAGAGUUGGCAUCUGAAUACCAUGUCUCAUAUGUGAGGCGUUCUGCUUUAGAAGCGCCUCGACCUAAGGUGGUCGCUCCUUAAAGGUCAAAAGUGCAGCCCGUUUCAUCCAAUACGAGUUGAGGAUAGCGAGUUCGAGUCUAGCCUCCGAGUUACUACCUUCUGCUCAUCUACGCGGGCCUGCAAUUUUCGUCCAGUUUCACGACCUAAUGGCAAAACAUGUGGUGGUCAACUGCCGAGGUUUCGGUAUGAGGCAGUCUGUCCUUAAGUUGUAUCACACGGCGACUAACUGCUGCUUGGGGUCGAUGGGCUAUGCCUACUCCGGGGAGUCGCAAUAAUCGAGAGACCGUCUCGGCAGCUCCUUCAGUACACAAAAUGGCUCUCUAGACUUCCUGUUGCUGGUCUUUUGACCGUCGUUUGUUCACUCGGUGCUUGCUUUAUUUUAUAAAAUAACUUGGAUACCCAUUAGCUCAGAAGAGGCCAUGAAGGUAUUGCCGUUCAGUUUUUUUGUCAGCUGGCGUGCUGCAGUGUGUUUGAACUCUUUAGAAUAGUGUGCGGACUCAGUCAUGUUUGUAAGACAGAGGGUAAUUGCUGUUGAAGUGUAGUAUUUGCCUUGUGCUUGUGACUGUAGUCUGCAGUUGCGUAGUUGCACAACAGCGCAUAAGGACACCGAGGAAGGGUAGCUGGUUUUUCAUUUAAUCUUCCUUCGUGAGUUAGAUAUUCCGGUCUACCGAGUUCAAUAAUUCUUUGAGAUACUCGAGGUUACGUGUUUUGACAAUGACAAAGAUGCCGUCGACGUAACAAACCCAGAUUUUUGGGUUGAUACUUGGCGAACAUCAAGUGGUCUAUCUGUUAAAUGAUCACUUCAGCAGUCAGACCUGAUAGGACGGGGAGGGAGAGCCCUUACAAGGGUUUUUAAUUUGCUCACAAAUUUGUUUGCCAAAUGUGAAAUAUGUUUUUGUGCAGUAUUAUGGAAGCUCAGGUAGAUGUUUGGAUGUUUGCCGCUCUUUUUAGCCCCUUGCAUUGAUACUGACCGCACGCUCUACGAGCGCCGGAGCGGACCGGAGAAAUUUCAUCAACUCGAGUGUUAACUUCUCUAUGCCUUACAUAUUUUUAAAAAAGCAGUACUAAAUUCCUCGGAAUUAGUCCUUUCCCUCGAUAUCAGGGCAUUCAUUACUUUACGCAGAAAUCAUACCCUUCUCUUAAAGUUUUCUAACUCGUUCGGGCUGUUGAUGGAUCUCUGUAGGUCAGCGUAUUCAAAAAAAUAUAGUUCGACGUUGACUGUAUAGUCAAGACCAUUAAAACUUCUGAGCUAGAUGACAGCUCAACCCCUUAAAAUUCCCCACAGGUCAAGUAGCUGACGCAGUUGUUGGGAGGAUUCUACUUUGCAACCGAAAAGACGGCCGCCGGGUGCUGGUUUAGUGGGAUUUGCCGUUGGUACCCCCGACUGUUUAAAUUUUUUUCAGAACGGUCACCGAUCACUUGAAAGCUCCCUCUAUCAAGCUGAGCACGCAUCGGUUUUUACAGUUACUCUGUCAAAGAGACCAAAGUCCUUCGUUAGGCACUGUUUCAUCCGUUUGCUCCGUGGAAAUCACCUUAUGCCUUCUCAGUUAUAGGAUGUCAUAACAUUUUUUGAGCAUAACUCCCUUGCCGUGCUUUCAAAAGGCUUUGACAUAUCUCCUGAUCACUGCUCUAUUUCCCUUUAGCAUCGUUGACACAGUUUGUUUAUCUACUAAAGCUGCAAGACCCAAAGCCUUCUCGAGUUGCAUCUUUGGGCGGAAGACUCCGCUCGUGAGUAACGGUCACCAGCUUUAAAAAGUGGCGAUUUGAUGUAAUUUUAAGUCAGAUGACCAGGGUAGGGACGGAAUCUACAAAGGCUCUGCAAGCCUUUGUAGAUGUCCACGGGACCUUUGUGACACUUACAUCACCAAAAACAGCGUCCAUGGAGCAUCCAGCAGAUCGGUUCUCGUUCACAGUCGUAGAUGCUCAGCGUACGGAAUGGGAGGCUUUCGACCUCAGUUGUAGUUCGGGGGGCUGACUACUCGUCGUAACACAUCCGAAGGAGACGGCCGGCGGGUGUCGGACAAAUUUUUCUAUACUCACUCCCUGAUUCCGAUGCAGCCGUCCGGAAUCAGACGCCACUGUCUAAUUGGGGACGGUGGAGACGACGCCGAUUAAGAGUUUGGCUCGACACUGCCCACAAGUAUGUUCUUAGGGCAUUUGGUCUUAAAGACCGCUGCAGCCGAGAAGGACCACCCGCAACAUCAUCAAGGCCGGCUAGAUCGGACACAGGCACAGGUAUAUUUGCUACAAGCAGUGUCCUGCACGAAGAGGACAUAGCAGUACUCUCAUUGUGUUCAAAGAGGUCCAGGUCUGGUUUUGUCUUCCAACCCUCAACAGGGCCGUUCACUAAUCAGUCAUAUUGCACUACUUGUCCCAGGGCACUUUUUAAGCCGACCCUAGUUUUGCUUCAUUUUCAGUCAGGCUCGUUAUUUUCCUUUCUAACCUAGGAAGGUUAUCGGGAGGUGUUUUCUGCGGAUCCCUGGGUGGUUGAUUUGCGCAAAAAAGGUCCAUAUUUUUAUUCAAUUGGUUGCCACCUUCUGAACCUUUCCAACCCUGAGCUCCUUUCAGUAAUCACAGCUGUGGAGAAUGCUUUCCAGGUAAGUAUUUGUGUUUUUCCGGAAAUAAUGAAUCGCAUUGUCGUAGUCCUCCAGACCUUCACAACCCAGCUGUUUUGUUUCUAUGCAGUAUUGCAGCAUGUCAAAUUAGCAAGGAUCUCGCCGUUUUCUAAAUUGGUUCCAGUGCAUCAAUAAAGCUUCUUAUAAACCUGACAAAUUUACUAUUUCUAUUCAGCUCUUACUUACUGGGGGUUUUAACAACAAAAACACGCCCAAAUAAAUUCGGAAAGAUACACUUGGUAAACUUUACUAACUCAUUGCGAGCUGUUACUGUCCUUAAGCUGCUUGUGCAAAUGGUCGGGUCUUUUUCUCCAGUCAAAAAUUUUCAUACGUCGUCACACCACACAAUCACACACAAAGGCGCCUGAACUCGUAGUAAUUCCACCCCGUUGAGGGGAACUAAUUUGGACUGUCACACUUACAAAGCCUUUGUUCCUCCCAUCGUUGAGGAGGAUAUUCAUACCCUCGGUUUUCACGAAAUUGAUGAAAGUUAGUCACAUGCGAUUUGGUAGCCAUCUUCAUAUCUGCACUUCAUAAUGGCCUGCGGCGGGGGCUUACAUCACCUUAUAAUCAGGUCUACUCUGAGUUCUAUGCGUCGCGUCCACUGAAGCAUUUGUAGUCCCACACCGGAUUUCCGUCUUUUGCCCAUUACAUGCAGUUUCGUGGACAUUGGUCAUUGUUACUGUGGCACAACAAACCGUCCGCACUGGGAAGAGACUACGUGGGACGGCAUGGUUUUCUGCAGUUUUGGGAUCUGAGAGUAACCUUAUCCAUCCAUCCCUCCCGCACACUGGUAUAAGCUCUCAACAUUGUGGCUGAUGGCAUGUAACAUUCACCAUGUUGUAAUUCCACUCUGGUCUGUGACCUCUUUAUGUUGGUAGCCGAUUUGCUGGAUUAGUAUUCACCUUAGUCGACGGCACACACCAACGUUUCUCUUCAUGCAAGCCUUGUCUACCAACUCCCUCAUAUGAUCAUGCUUGAGCGCCGUCUAUGACAAAAGGACACUGGCAGCGGGCUUUUCAAGUUUUGCAACGAUAGAUAAGUUAAAUCAAGACCCACUGACUUUGUGCUUCUUUACUUUGUCAAACAUGGAAUGCCCAUCAGUAUAAACUGUCCGCACAUGUUUGAUCAGAAAUUGCUGGUUGAUAUGCGGACUAAUAUUACUUACGAUUCCGAUUGUAGGAGUUGGGUGGGGUGCCUAUAACUGAAACUGUGACCUGUGUCUCAGUGCAGGCAAAGCAGUCCUGUCUUCUUUCCACGACCACACUUCACUCGCUUAUGCGUUUUCAUGAAGCAUUUCCUUGCCGUAACAUGUACGUUUUCGGACACAAACUCGUCUUUAUUUACCCAUGCGGCGUGUUUACCCGCCACGGAAGAAACCCUUCCACCUGUCUUAACGGUGACGCCGCGUACCAAUUCUGAUGUGUCCUGGCUGGGCGUUUUCGUGCAUAUCGCGACGGAAGUGCCGCAAGUGCGCCAAGGUCACCCACCAUCACCAGCAGGGUGGUGAAACACGUAUCUUUGUCAAGUGUGAUAUGUCGUACAACCCAUGUACAGUACCAACUUGUCCUGCUUCCGGACGAGCAUUCGAAUCGCGCACCAGUAUGGUCGGUCACUUGUGAAUACACCGCAAUGCGGCGGCCGGACACCAGUAUCUAUAGCCCCAGCCAACAUAUGCUACGCACAUCUUACUUACUUGCACUGUUCCAGAGCAUUCGGGAAAUACAUAGACUUAUCCGGCUGCAUACGUCUGUAUGAAUACGUUCGGUAAAACAGCGUAAUCCAUGUCUUCCCUAAACUACUUCUCUCUACUUGUUCUUGGUACCAAUCCGAUAUCCCGAACUGUACCUCUCAACGCGUGACGAUCCGUGACAGCAGAUCUGAACAGCUUAACCCAUUCUCUUCGCCAACGACUGAGACCGAAUACCAAAGGUCCAAGAACCACUUCCAUGUCUUGACGAACUGUGUCGACCCCUCUUCGACGCCUCCAAUGGAGCAACGCUGGCGGAUUGAGGGCAGUAACACUGAGCUCCUGAGGUGGACUACGAAUAACAUGCCAAAACACCCCUAUCGUCUUUCGUGGAUAGCCUGGGUUAUCCUUACGGUGUUGUCGCAGCGACCGCGGACUGUCUCAUUUGAAAUGAAGUCGGUGUACUACACUCGAAGGAUGGUCCUGAAGAAGUGGUGGCCGAAUACCUCCAUUUUUCGCUCAUUCUCCAUGCGCAUAAUCCAGCAUUCACAGCCAUAGAGAAGAGCAGACCGGACAGACGCACGGUACACGCGAAUCUUAAUGGCAUUGGUGAUGUCGCGUCGGAUCCAUAGGCAUUUUCUAAGGCUUUAGAAAACCCGCUGGGCGACAUCAAUCGGGGAGACAACUUCGUCCUUACUCUGUCCAUCCACACACAAGCGCACUUGUACUAGGCACGGGUUUUAUCAGUCAAACGUGUACACUUACCAGCAAGACAUCACAUGUCGCUCCUAUACCAGCCACAUCUUACUUCUCUGAGAACUGUUUUUUUUAAUGAAGUCUGACCAUGCUGAGUGGUGGAGGAAAGCAGCAUGCAUGACCCGCCCAGCCAGAGGACUUCAAGCAACGUCCGCCACCGCGCCCAGUCUUAUCACCAAUCGGCUCACUGGCUCGGACAGGCCGCUGGUGCACGUCAGAUUGCAUACAGAUCUGUUACAUUCCUUUUCGUAAUAAACCUAGAGCCUUUGAACCCAUCGCAACGUUCUAGAAGUCGUGGCUUGGAAGAUUGCCAAAUGAAGGACCAAUUUUGAGCUGAUAGUCAGGCCUCCCGAAUGAAGUCUUGUACGUCUGGAACUAGGGACCGGGUCGUGCAUGGCAUGGGCAGACGGACUGUUUAUUUUCGACAGUCACUGCGUCCACGCCCACAUCCAGCCUUUGUCUUUUCGUCGGAACAUGGUGGUUAAGAGAAGAGGGAGCAAGGUAGAUGCAGCAGAAGUCAGUUUUACUGUGGACAAAAUCACGCCCAAGUCGCCACUGAGCCCACCUUAGACGGCAGUGGUGGAAAACUUUGUCUGUGACAAUCCAAUUAAAGUUCUCGUGCCGUAGACAGUUGCUGAUGAUUCUGUCCUGUCCUAACCGAGCGCGUUUUAACCCCCCCCCCCCCCACAGAGGCGAAUCAAGGUGCUUAUGGAGGUUGCUCUCAAUGCCAACAGACGGGACAUCCAAGCGCUUACGACAAGGUGAGUAAUUUUUUAUUUCAUGCUCGAGUGAUGUCCGUUCAAAAUUGAUAUGCAAAGGCACUUGAGCGUGAGACAGCUCGUUUUCAUUUUCAUACUAUGGACGCAACGACUGGAGGGUAAGACAGACCAGUAGGAGAUCACAGAAACAGGGGCUGCGGACAGACGGCCUCGGGCAAGGGAACGCAAAAACCACCACCAGGCGAUUGACAUCUUCUGAGUGCACGGUCCUCUCUCACACACAUUAGAUGGCAUAUUUUUUGGGACUUUAACAGUAAAAUCUGAAACGUGAUUUCGGCCAGAAGGUACUGCCCAGGUGGGGCUGCUAUAGUGAUUACCAUACAGCAUGAGUUAAGGAUACUUCAGUCGCAGUCGCGUGCCAGCCUUUAAACGCUUGUCUUUCCGGUCGCCUGCGAACUUGGCCACGUACUUGGGCCAAGUUAGAGGCAAAAUUGAACUCGGACGGACGUCGGAAUUGACACAAAUGAAGUCGCACCCCCCGAACUUGGAUGCUUGUUCAGUGAAUGUGGACUUGGACCAAGUGAGACACCUUCACAAACAUGCAGUCAUGCGUCAUGGUGGGCCACGUAAUCCCAGGAGACAAAGCCAAACGCUAAGACACAGUCCACGGAAAAAAAGGCGAGGGUAUGCUAUUGGCAGAACUUUCGGUGCUCGACCAGAGAGAGAAGUGUUGGUCGACAUAUCCUCGCGUCACUGAUUCGCGCAUAUUCUCGCAUCUUACGCAUUGGUCUCCCGAGUGCCUUGAAGAUUGAUAUUAUGACAGCGUCGCGCUAGUCAUUAGGUACGGACCCUGUUCUCCGUAUCCUCAUUUAUUUUCGCGUUUCGCCCGCCUCAAGGAUCUUACCGGUAGGCGGUGGAUAGUGGUUAUAGUCGUAGUCAGAUGCCGGGAUGUCUUUGAGUCGGAGAGCAGAUUCCAGCGUCCAGAAGCUGGACAAGGUGCACCUUUCACUAGGAGGUCGUGUCCCACACCGUUGUCGUCUGCGCAACUUGAUUGCCUCCAAUGGUUGGGACAGACGAAUUAGAACAGGGAUUUAUCUUUAAAGCUCGAUGUAGCGUACUCUUAUCUCAGUAGUUGAGGCACGUUCUGUAUAUCGCGAUAAUUUUUUUCCAGAUCUCCUUACGGUCAUGCUGUACGGAGCGCGUGGCCGCACGACGUAAGAUCCUGAAGUUCGCAUUGCCUUGAAGGCGGGCGACCUUUCGAUAUUAGUCAAGCUGUUUCACCAGGAAUCCUAUCUUUGCGACCACACUGGCGUGGCUGUACACCUGAGAGGUACUCUGCGGGUGUGUUUCAGUUUAAAGUCUAGUGCCGUCAGCAUCAGAGCGGCAAGGCUGUUGAAGGCAGCCAGGCAAUAGCCCGUGGGUAGCCGACAUUAUAGCUGACAUCGUAUUCGCCUCGUUGAUGCAUCAUAAACCCCCCGUCCUGACAUUCGUAUCUCCCCUAAGAAGUAGGCCAGCAGUCUGAAGUUCGUCGUAGAUGGUUUCUUUCCUCAUUUUAUCCGCAUCUGGGAUUUAGAUUAUCAAGACACAGGAGUUCAAUUCUCAGAGGAACCGGUUUCUCGUACAUACAUUGCGUGACCGAUCUCAGUAAGUGUUAGCCAAAAUUCUGGAAUACGUUUCCGAUUAGGAAGGAUUAUUUAAGUGCGGUUGUUACACUGAUUAUCAUGCAGCAUAACCAUAUAACAUUUCGGACUUGCCAGGAUGUCGGCUUUUGAAUGCACGUCUUUUUGACCUGCAGAAACCACACUCGGCAAAAAAUAACUACUUAAGUGACAUGCACUUUUCCUAUUGAUCUUCGAUGGCCUUAUAAAUUCAAAUAUAUUUUAUAGAAAAAACGCUCAAAAUAUGCUUUCUUUUGCUCACUUGAAAGGAAAUCCCAUUGUAUUCAUAUUUUAUUUCCGAAGAAAGUGUGUAUUAAGGUUUUAAAAAAGUUUCCCAAUUCCCGAAUAAUUUUCAGCCUGAUCUGCCAUUGCAUUAGCAUUUAUCAGUUUCAGUCUAAAAGAUGCAUCUUUCCGCGUAAGGAAAAUCAUAUAUUCCUCUAUGUCUUUAAGAAGAUACCAUACAGAGUUCAUAAAAUUUUGCAAUGGAUCCGGACUGUGUUGUACAUUUCAUGAGGAGCAUUAGUAAACGGACAUGUGCGGUCUUGCAUACAUAGACAUCGCACGGUCUUAAAAUUCUCAGAAAUAGAAACUUUUUUAAAACCUAAAUACACACCUUCUUCGGGCAUAAACUAUGAAGACAAUGUGAUUUUCUACCAAAUGAGUAAAAAAGCAUAUUUUGUGUAUGUUUUCCAUAAAAUAUAUUUGAAUUUAUAAGACCAUCGAAAUUCAGUAGGACAAACGCAUGCUACUUAAGUAGUUAUUUUUUGCCGAGUGUGGUUCCUUUGGUUCCUCAAAAUGAAGUGCUUUCAAAAGCCGACAUCCUGACAAGUCCGAAAUGUUAUAGGGCUAUGCUGCAUAAUAGUCAGUAUAACAACCCCAAUUAAGUAAUCCAUCCUAAUCGGAAACGCAUUCUAUAAUUUUGGCCAACAUUUCAUGAGAUCGGUCACGCACUGUAAGUGAAGUUCUUGUCUCAUCCCUCCUGCCGACUGUAGCAUCUUGCCGACAUUCGUUAGUGACACCUCGGUGGUAGAGUUGCGAACAUGUUUCCGCACGCGACACCUUGAUUUCAGGCGUUUCCUCGUCACGAGCAUAUCACGAAGAGGCAAGCAGCGCCGACCUUUCACUGCAUCAACACCCGGAUGGCUAGAUGUACCUUUACUGGUUCAGGUAGAACACCCACGUCGCGGUUUGUGAUGCUUACUAGCCAUCCGAUCCACUGGCAGAAGGCUGGGCAUGUUUCAUGCUGCGGACCCUGUUGCAGUGCUCGACAUUCCUAACUGAGGAACUUUCAUGGGAUGUCGGGUUCCGUAGUUCCCAUGCCAUUUGGAUGGAGACUCAGCCCUCAAGAAAAUAGAGACGGGAGGAACUUGUUCAUCUGCACUCUAUACUCACCACGUAACAGUGUAACGUCAACACUUGUAUUGUACGUGUUGAGGUGGGCUCAACUCUGUCAGCUAUAGAACCCACGCGUAUCACACCUGUUGACUUUACCAUACCAUGUAAAGAGGCUGGACAUGGAGAGAGAGAGAGAGAGAGAGAGAGAGAGAGAGAAAGAGGGAUGAAUGCACUGCGAGCAUUUUCUCCUCGAAACCGUUUCCUGCACAAGCUACCACCAUGCCUUCGAGGUAGCUCUGACCCUUGUCACUUGCAACAAACAAAACUACCACUGCAGUGUUAUGGUAGAAGCCAGAAAGAUGACAAAAAGUCAACUUUACGCUCUUACUGCUAAAGCAUGAAUCAGCUAGGAAGGAUAUUGACUACUUGAUAAGUUUUGGUCGUUUGAAGAAGCAGGUACUAAUGCUACCACGAAUUAAAUUCCGGCGUGGUAACGAGUUUGGUUCCGAUAACUCUGACCUACAUAUGCCUAUGGUUGGCUCGAUUGAUCGCCUUCCAACUUAAAAGCCGCGAACCCCACUCUCCGAACUUCGCGUGAAGCAUAGAAUGAUGAACGUCACGGUACUGAUUCUUUCCUCUUCCUUUUGAGUGCAGACUAGAAGACCUGGAGCUGGCUAUUUUUCGGAUUGGUCAGCGGGAUCGCCUGCUUCUGGAGCGCUGGUCGUCACGUCAUCAUGAACGACUUGAGGCGUCUUCGGUGGCGAAGGAGACGAUCGAACUCAUAGCCAGAGAAAAGGAGGCAGAAGCCAGACAGAACAGUCUAGCUGCCGGCGAGAUGUCCGCUGAUGUAAACUGA